UGCAGAAGGAGAACAAACCCGCUUCUCAAAAUACCCAAAGGGGUUCACAUUUAUUGCCUGAAGUAAAAGGUUCUAAAUGUUUAUCAGAAUGAAGAAAUCUGGAGACAGUGGCAGUAAAGUAUCAUUUACCUCAGUUUCCAAUUUUACUAUUCAGUCAAUUCUUGGAACUGGGUCCGAGGACGCGCACAAGGACAGUUCUGAUUCUAGUUCCAGCGCCGCGCUGCUGCAGAGACAACGCAUGCGCUCAGUGUCUUCAGAAGGCUUCAGCGGUGGGGAGGAUUCUACAGACUUCUAUCCUUUACCCGGAGUAAAGAAACCAUGCAAUGACCUCAACGAUCUCACACUUCCUUGCCUAAGUGACAAAAACAAACUAAUUCUGGGGCAAGAGAAGGUGAAGAGACAUAAACUUUUUCAUGAUUAUAAAGAAGGUAAAGAGAGAUACUACUACCAAACAUCACCUGCUAUUUCAGAAGAAAAGGGUCAUAAUGACGACGACAAAACAUCCAACUCAUCCAGAAAGAAGUCUCGGACCGUAUUCUCACGGAGUCAGGUUUACCAACUAGAAUCGACGUUUGACAUGAAACGUUACCUUAGCAGUACAGAACGAGCUAGUCUCUCCUCCAGUCUCCAGCUGACAGAUAUACAGGUGAAAACGUGGUUCCAGAAUCGGAGGAACAAGUGGAAACGUCUGCUUUCUGCGGAGAUAGAGGCGGUGAACAUGGCUCAUGCGUCAUCCGCACAAACUCUGGUUGGGAUGCCGUUCUUCUUCAAAGACAAUUUCCAGCUACGGAUUCCUGUCCCUGGAUCAAUGACUUUCCCUACACCUCUAUAUUAUCCCGGGAGCAACAUGCAAGCUUUACCUUUGUACAAUUUUUAUAAUAAAAUUGAAUAGAAUGAUUGCCAGAUAGCCUUUUGUAGUCUAAUUCAUUCAAUUACAAACUAUUUCUAUUGCCAUUAUUAGGCUAUGCCAUAGGCCUAACUACUUCAUUACAACACACCCGAUCAUAAAUAACCUUACGAAAAACGUGUACAUAUCCUUCCACUACCUUCCAGUGUUUUUACUUCUCUACACUCUUAGAAAAAAACCUUCUGGAUCGAACCAAAAAGGGUUCUAUUGCUUGCUUCAUUUACUGUAUGGCACACCCCCAGGGGUUCUUCUUAACUGAACCAAAAUUGGUUCCAUAUAGAACCCUAUAUGGAACCAAUUUCUGUUCUUUAUAUAACCUUAAGGGGUGCCAUAUAUGAAGCAAGCAAUAGAACCCUUUUUGGUUCUAUCCAGAACCUGGUUUUCUAAGAGCGUAGCCUAAAAUAAGGCUAUAGCGGUAGGUCACGUCAUUCAGUCCUGUCCUAUCAUGAAACAAUACCGUUUUUAUGAGCUGCAAAUUUCAAAACUAAAGUCGCAACUUGAGAAAAUUUUACAUUGCUGAAAAUGUGCGUGUGUAACCACGUUUCAAUCCAACCAUUUCAUGCUGGAUGAUAUACUUGUCAAAAAAUGUCAUGACCAGACUGAUGCAAACAUGAAAUGCCGGUACAAUUUUAUAAAUGCCGACAGAAAAUGUGUUCGUUCGACAUGGUGGGAUCUUUUUGUAUCGGU